ACAUAAGCUACUAUACAUUAUGCUUUGUUAGUUGUUUGAAAUAUUGAGUUUUAUGUCGGUUUCUUUUUUGGUUUAUGUUAGAAAUAUUGAGUUUUAUGUCACUUUUUUUUCCUGCUAUGUUAUCUGAUAUUGAGUUGAAAAUAGAUGAAUUAAAUUAAGAAUUUUUCACUUUAUUAUAACUAUAUAAUAAUUUUGAUUUAAUUGAAUAAUUAAAUUUACCUGCUUGUUUAGGCACAGAACUCCAGCAUCCAUGGCCAUAUUUUGUUAUAUGCCUUAGUAAUUUUUCAUCUUCUUCUGGUGACCAUAGUCCCUUCCUAAGCUUCUGCUUGUAGCAGCAAGAGUGUCUUCCCAUUUGUGAGUUUUCAAGUUUGUUUAAUGAAGCAAUGAUUUAGUGAUAGAGAGAAUUGAAGGAAGGAAAAUGAAGUGGCAACUAAGAAAAUGAGUUGAGUUAAUAUAGGAGAGUGAGUGAGAAAGAAAGAGAGACAAGUCAUAGUCAAUAAGGUUCUUCCAAUUUUCUUUAUUCUUUAUUUUUUUAUUUAAUAUUUUACAUAUAAAUAACACUGAUAUUUAUGAAAAAAUAUGUAUUUAUUAUGUUAAUUUCAGACAUUUAUAUUGAUAUUUAUAAUUACGUUUAAUUUAUUUAUUUAUUUAAAAUUAUUACUGAUAUUGUCUGCUGGUGAAGUUUUUUUUUUAAUUUUAAGUGUGCCGGUUUUCAUAGUAUAUGAUAUAGUAUAUAUGUGAGCUUAAGGUUGAUCUAAGUGAUAGAGAUUGGGCAAUGUGAAAUAGGAUUUGAUAUUGUAUAAAGUGUUUGAGUUGAAAAGAAGAGGGAAGGUGAGAAAAUGGAUUUCAUAAUGAUGUUAUAAAUUUUACAUUAAUACAUUGAUGGCAACAAUAUGUAUUACCUAAUGAUGUUAUUGAUAUUUGAUUUGGAUAGAUGGAUCAACGUCAAAGUAGCACGGAAAGAGUCUUAGAGCAAGAGCAAUGCAAUUGUAAGUGUAUUUGACUUCGUGUAUUUUACUGUUCUGUUAUGUAUUGUUAUUUACUAUUCUGUUAUAUAUUGGUAUGGCAUUAGGAGAUUUGCAUAGAUUUGCUAUUUACUGUUCUGUUAUGUCACUGUUCUGUUAUGCGUUUUUAUAUUGUUAAGUCACUGUUUUGUAAAUUAAUUAUUUAUCAAAAAAAAUGUGGAUUCAUGUGGAUACUGUUCUGUUAUGUAUACUGCUAUGUAUACUGUUCUUUUAUGCAUAACUACUAUUUACUGCUAUGUAUAACUGCUAUGCAUAACUGCUAUUUACUGUUAUGCAUAACUGCUAUGUAUACUGCUAUUGCUAUAACAUUGCUAUAACUGCUAUUUGCCAGCACUGUGCUAUCACUGCUAUUUGCCAGCACUUCUAUUGUUGUCUCUGUUUUAUGAAUUGGAACCGUUAUUUGUUGAUUGGUAGUUCUUGAUUGGCUCCUUCGUUAUUUCAGUGACUGGUGAGCCUAAUCAAAAUCUACCAAUUAAUGAAGUAGGUUCAGCUAUGCAACCUAUAAAGAAGAGGAAAUCUAGUGCAAGUGGUUCUAGGCAAACAUCUGCUUGCUGGGAACAUUUUAUUAGAUUACCCGAUGACCUAGUUGAUGCACCCACUGCAGCCUGCAAACACUGCCAUAAAAAAUACUUGUGUGACCCUAGGACUCACGACACCACUAAUUUGAACCACCAUAUUUUAAAAUGUUCUAAGAAUCCUCUUGUCGUGUCAACUGACUCCACACAAACUAUUCUAACAUACCCAAGUGUAGAUGGUAAACUGGUUCAAGUUAGCUCUAGAUUUGACAAGAAAGCUUGUAGAAGUGCUUUGUCAGUUUUUGUAGUUCUAGAUGAGCAGCCAUUUAGUGCAGUAGAGGGUGAAGGGUUUAAAUUUUAUUCCAAAGUAAUGCAACCCCAAUUUACCAUCCCAUCUAGGCGUACGGUAGCUAGGGACUGUUUUCAGCUAUACUUGGAUGAAAAGCAAAAGUUAAAGGCCUUUUUUAAGUCUGAUUGCAAUAGGGUAGCACUUACUACUGAUUGCUGGACUUCUAUACAAAAUCUUAACUACUUGACCCUUACGGCACACUUUGUGGAUAACGAAUGGAAGUAUCAAAAAAGAAUUAUAAGCUUUACCGUAAUUCCAAACCACAAAGGUGAAACUGUAGGUAGGAAGAUUGAAGAAGUGUUAAGGGAUUGGGGAAUUAGGAAUGUGUCAACCAUAACUAUUGAUAAUGCCACUUCAAAUGAUGUUGAUGUGACAUAUCUAAAGAGAAAAAUAGCAAAUAUGAAUGGGUUAAUGGGGGAUGGAGAGUGUUUUCAUAUGAGGUGUUCAGCUCACAUUUUGAACUUGGUGAUAAAUGAGGGUUUGAAAGAUAAACAUUUAUCUGUAACUAGUGUUAGAGAUGCUGUUAGAUUUGUUAAGUCCUCACCUCAUAGGGCAGCCAAGUUUAAAGAAUGCAUUGAAUUUGCUGGAAUAACUUGCAAAAAAUUAGUAUUCUUGAUGUUUCAACUCGUUGGAACGCGACAUAUUUAAUGUUAGAGGCUGCGGAGAAGUUUCAACUCGCUUUUGAAAAGCUUGAGGAUGAAGAGUCGAGCUAUAGGGAGUUCUUUGGAAAAGGUAAUCCCCCUAGUAAUGAUGAUUGGGACAUUGCUAGGGCUUUUAGCGCUUUCCUAAAGUUAUUCUAUGAAGCAACUAAGACUUUUUCCACCUCUCAAAAUGUGAGUUUGCAUACUUGUUUUCACCAAGUGUCUGCCAUUUAUUGUGAGUUAAAGCAAGCCAGUUUGAACUUAAAUGAUUUUUUUGCAAGUGUGGGUGGAGAUAUGAUGGAAAAAUAUAAUAGAUAUUGGGGAAGUCCUGAUAAGAUGAACAAGAUGAUAUAUUUUGGUAUUAUUCUUGAUCCAAGAUACAAGUUGAGUUACAUUGAGUGGGCGUUUAAGGACAUGUAUGGAGUUGGAUCAAAGUUUGGUAGUGACUUGGUAAAAUCUAUAAAAGAGAAUUUACAAAAGUUGUAUGAUUGGUAUAAGCAAGCUUAUGACCAAGAGCAUAAUUCCAUACAGCCUCUUGGUAGUGGUGGAAAUAAUGUCUCCAAUGAUGAAACAAAUGCAUUUGUUUCCCGUUUAUCACUUAUGGCUAGAGCCGAUGCUUUUGAGCAACAUUUAGAGGAGCAAGACUCGAUUGAUCAACAAAAUGAGCUUGAGGUGUAUAAUUCUAGUAAGUGUGUCAAAAGGGAUCCUAACUUUGACAUUCUUGUGUGGUGGAAACGUAAUUCAAUCGAAUAUCAUAUUUUAUCUACAAUGGCUAAAGAUAUUUUAGCCACACCAGUGUCUACUGUUGCUUCUGAAAGUGCUUUUAGCACAGGAGGGAGAGUCAUAGAAACCUAUAGGAGUUCUCUAACUGCUGAAAUGGCCGAGGCUUUAAUUUGCACCCAGAAUUGGUUAAGGCCUUCUUUUACCUAUUUCAAAGAUAUGAAUCUCAUGGAAGAUUUUGAGCUUUCAGAAGAUAUUGUAACAGAGUUUCAACAAAUGUCUUUAGCAGCAAAAGGAGUAUCAGGUGUCUCAUCAUCACAGUCUCAGCCACAACCUUCGGGUUGUGCUUGAAAUGGAUGUCAACUAUGUUUUUUGAUUUUUUGGAGUCAUGCAUGAUUUUUUGUUGAUGGU